AUGUCUCAGGCAUGCAAAUUUGGCUAUCACUUGGCCUGCAAAUACCACCUUGUUGGAGAAACAAAUUGUGAAAAGAAAAAUCCAGUGAGGUUAUCAGCCAAAUCGUGUAUCGGCCAGAACAAAAAGGUUGGUGCUUCCACUAUAACAGCACAAAUUAUAGCCAAAAUACUUAAGAUUAGCCCUUCUCCUAAUGUGAUCAUAUACACCAAAUUCAUCAAAAAGCUUGGGAGAUUAGGUUAUGUAGAUGAAGCCUAUGAGCUUUUUAUCUUCAUGAAACUCUACCAGUGUAAGCCUGAUGUGAUAUCUUUCACCAUAUUAAUUCAAGCAUUAUGCAGCUCUAAUAGGCUAAAUAAGGCAAGGGGCCUUCUCCAUGAAAUGCCAACAUAUAGUUGCAAGCCAGAUUGUGUUUUGUACAAUAUACUUAUGGACAUGUAUGCAAGGAGUGGGAAUGAAGAGAUGGUGUGGCAACUGUGGAAGGAGAUGGAGGAGAAAGAAAUUGAGAGAGAUGUGGUUUCAUACUCAUCCUUGGUGAAAUCUCUGUGUGUCUCCGAUAAAAUCGAAGAAGCAAUCCAAAUCAUCAGAAUGAUGGAGGCCAGAGGUACGGUCUUGCCGAAUACGUACACAUAUAAUACAGUGAUUGGUGCAUGGGUGGACCUCGGUCGCGUGGAUGAAGGGCUGAGAUUGUUUGAGAGAAUGGAGAGUCUAGAUUGCAAGCCUGAUUUUUGCAGCUACAACAUAAUCAUUAACCACUAUAGCAAGUUAGGGGAAGGCAUGAGGGCAUGUGAGCUGUUUAAAAAGAUGAAGGGAAAUGGGAUUCAACCCAAUGAGAACACUUACAAGGCUUGCAUCAUGGGACUUAUAAGGGAAGGCAAAUCCAUAGAACUACUAAAUUUGAUUCAAGAAAUUAAGCAUUCAUGUGUUUCUAUGAGUGUUUCUACUUGGAAUAAGGUGUUAUAUAGGCUUGGAAAGAUGGGUAAAUUAAGUGAUGCAUAUGCCCUGUUUCUAAAAAUGAAAAAUCCUGAUGAGAUCACCAUGAACACAAUGAUUCAUCUGUUAUAUAAGGGUGGGAUGAGAGAUAAAGCAUGGGAAAUAUUUCUCAGCAUGAAAGAAAUGAAAAUUAAGGCUUCAAUAGUGACUUAUAACAUAUUGGUGAAUGGACUAGGCAGAGAAGGGAGGAUUAAAGAGGCAUCAGAGUUGGUCGAAAUGUUGGAAAAUAACGGGUUGUUAUCGCCGGAUGCUGUCACAUAUAACAGCUUGGCAAAUGCAUGGUGCAAGAGGGGGAAUGUAGGUUUGGCUUGCCAGAUCGUGUCACAGAUGACUAAAAAAGGGUGUUCUCCGGAUUUAGUGACCUAUAACACAUUGAUGAAUGGAUUAAUUAAUGCUGGAAAAUACAGGGAAGCUAGAAAUAUUUUUGAGCAAAUGGAGGGGGGUUUGGAAGCUGAUUCUAUUCCUCUUGAGUCUCUUGUUAUGGAUAUAGGCAGUAGGUUACAUGUAUAA